GCGGGGCCUCGCGGAGGGCGGGGCUUCCCCUCCCGGCGCGCAAGCGCACAUUUCCAGAACCGGAAGCAGUGCGGGGUCGGGCAUGGCGGCGGCCGCGGAGGGUGUCCCGGCGACCCUACGAGAGGAGCCAGUCCGAGACGAUGCAGCCGUGGAGACAGCCGAGGAGGCCAAGGAGCCGGCGGAGGCGGACAUCACCGAGCUCUGCCGGGACAUGUUCUCCAAAAUGGCCACUUACCUGACUGGGGAGCUGACGGCCACCAGUGAAGACUAUAAGCUCCUGGAAAAUAUGAAUAAACUAACCAGCCUGAAGUAUCUUGAAAUGAAAGAUAUUGCUAUAAACAUUAGUAGAAAUUUAAAGGACUUAAACCAGAAGUAUGCAGGACUGCAACCUUAUCUGGAUCAAAUCAAUGUAAUCGAGGAGCAGGUAGCAGCUCUUGAACAGGCAGCCUACAAGUUGGAUGCAUAUUCAAAAAAACUGGAAGCCAAGUACAAGAAGCUGGAGAAGCGAUGAAAGCUUAUUCUUAUGGAACAAAGUCUUUUUUACUGUGGAAGAUUGUUUUAUAAGACCUGAAUCUGGAGGCUGAUGAAUUGUUAAAAUUCCUCAAGAGGGAAGUAUGCUGGUCACCCCCAGAAACAUCCCAUCACUGGAGUAAACUGGAGGACAGUGGCUACUUCUGAAUUUCUACUGAGGCAUUAUCCCUCAGAAAUUCAUACUUACAACUCCUUAACUUUUACUUGAAUGUUUCAUCAACCAGUCAGUACAAGGAGUCCCUCAGAAUUAAGGGUAAACCUGGGCUUGUCAGCAGGAAAUGAGAGAACCUGCUUUCUCUGGUAGUGGUUGAUGGCUACUUUAUUUUCUCAAGUGGCUGGUUUUUGAGUUUGUAAAUGAUUGUUUUCUAUUAAGGAUGCUAAUGUAUUGCUAACAAGAUUCUAAAUUAAAAAAGGAAAACAAGCUUAUUCUCUACUGUGUACUAUUUCUCAAAUGUUAGUAAUUUAUUUUUCCAGAGCAUUGUAAAUAAUAGAAAAUCUUAAACUAAGUCUAGACUGAGCAGAAACAGUGGAAGAAGUAUUGUGACAAUUUGGUGUGAUAGACCCCCUCCUCUCCCUUUUCUGUGUCUGAUAUGGAAAUGGACAUCUUGACAUGUGCUCCCUUUGGGAAAUGUGAUAGAAAGAGAGAUAGUGUUUAUGUAUGUAUAUUUGUAAGGUGGGAUGGUGGGGCUGCCACUCAUAAGAUAAAAUAUUUUACUUUUUUUUUUUUUUAGAUUUUUAUUUAUUUAUUAGAAAGAUUAGAGGAGAGAGAAAAAGAACCAGACAUGUGCUGCCAGGGAUUGAACUCAGGACCUUACGCUUGAGAGUCCAGUGCUUUAUCCACUGCGCCACCUCCCAGACCACACUAAAAUAUUUUAUUAUUCAAUAAACAUCCCCCUUAUUCACAUCUGUAGAGUCAUGGGGGUUCUGGGGACCUGAUCGUCUUCCUUUUAAACUGGAAACAUCAGUGAAUGGAGGAUACUGAACUCUCUAGUUUGGAAGACAGCAACCUCAUCCGUAGUUAGUUGUUAGCAGCCAGGAAGGGAUGUGAGGUCUCAAAUUCUAUCUUGAAAGUAGUUCUUUUUUUUUUUUAAUUACUUAUUUAUUAAUUGAAUAUAGAGAGAAAGUGAGAGGGAAAUGGGAGGCAAAGUGGAGGAGAGAAAAACACUGGUGAAGCUUUACCCCUUGCAGGUGGAGACUGGGGGCUUGAACCAGGAUCCUUGCACACUGUAAUGUGUGCACUUUUU